AUGGCCUGGUCCGCCGUAUCAGAAGGUACGCGGGCAGUACACCGGCGGUGGCUGUACGAGCUGCGCGCACUACCGGCCGACCUACUGAGCAGGCGCAAUUUGGCUGCGGCAGUGGUAGAGUUUGUACGCCGCAUCGCGGUGACAAGACAAUGGAAAUGGUCGACCACCGCGAAGGCCCUGGCGUCCGUCAGUGGUGCGCUGCAACAACUGCCCCUCUACACCAAUCAACGCGAACCGAUACAUCUCAACCGCUACCCGGAAUGGCAGAAGACAGUGGCCGCCGCGCAGCGUUUCGACCGGGAGAGUGUCGCGGCUCCGCCGUCCCCUAUCACUCAGGAACAAAAGGACGCGGCGCAACGGAACUCACUACGGCAGCGCGAUCAGGAAGCUUCUCUGUUCCUCGAAAUGAUGUGGGCAUUUGCGGCUCGCGCGGGCGAUUUACGGACUCUGCAGUGCAGGGAUGUACGCUUCACGGGGGAGGAACCGCCACCAUUUGUGGACGGAGGUGUGACAAUAUGGCCAGAUCGGUAUGGCGUAGUCCUGACAAUGAGACGCGGCAAAGGGGCACGGUUCCGAGGGCCGUAUUCUGUUCCGUCAACCCUGCCGCGCGAAUCGGCGCUGAUUCUCGCGCACCUCCUCCGCAGCCGGCGACCUACGCAGCACCUGUUUGCUCGACCGACCGAAAUCACCGACACCAUCCGCACGGCCCUGCGCCGCGAGAACCCUUUGGCAGCACUACCGUCAGUACGCAAGGGCGCGCUACGCUGCAUGGCGGCGAACGGAAUGGCAGAGCACGAACUGAUGAUCAUGUCAGGUCACCGACGCGCCGACACACUCCACAGGUACCUGGGCUAUGGCCACCAACUCACGACGGAGGCCGCAACCGCGCAGGCCAACGCCAGCGCGGCCCUUUACGAACUGAACAGUUCGGCCUAA